CAAAGGGGACAGUUAGGACAACUAACGCAUACAGGAUCAUUCUUGGAUUGUGGAUCUUACUCGGUCUGUCUUGGGGGGCGUUGGUCCUCAGCGAGAUCGGAUCUAUGCUUCAGGUAAACCAGGAAGAUUCCAAAAAUAAACUAUUUUGUCUUCUCCUCUGCAUCGUUUGUUUUCAAUGAAAUGUCUGUGACCUGGUUCAACAAAAGUUCUGUUUACAAUGCCGCUUAAAUUUAAUAUUAAACUCGGAAUUUUUUGCUUCUGUAAUAGGGUUAUGCUAUUGAUACUAUAGUCAUGGUACAAAGGGAAAGAACUGAAUAAAAAUUUGUGUGAUCUUAAGAAAUGACUACUUUCCCCCUAUGUUUUAUUUAAGGGGGGGGGGCAGGGGGGGGGUGUAAAAGAAGCCAACAGAGAAUUGCAACUAUUGCAUAAGCAUUUCAUAAAAUGACCAACAUAAAAACAUUUCCAAACUUUUCCAACAUUUUAAAAAAAAUUCAAAAAUUUUAAAAUAUUUCCAAACAUUUCCAAACUUUUCCAAACAUUUCCAAACUUUUAAAAACUUUUAAAAACUUUUCCCACAUUUUAAAAAAAAUCAAAAAUUUUAAAAACAUUUCCAAACUUUUCCAAACUUUUCCAAACAUUUAAAAACAUUUCCAAACUUUUCCAAAAUUAAAAAAAAAAAUUCCAAACUUUUCCCCAUUAAAAAAAAAAUUUAAAAGUAAUUCCAAACAUUUCCAGACUUUCAAAAACUUUUCCAAACAUUUCCAAACUUUUCCAAACAUUUCCAAACAUUUCCAAACUUUUAAAAACGUUUCCAAACUUUUCCACAUAAUUAAAGAUACUUUAAAACACAUUUCAAAACAUUUCCAAAAUUUAAAAAAAACAUUUCCAAACUUUUCCAAACUUUUCCAAACAUUUCCAAACUUUUCCAAACAUUUCCAAACUUUUAAAAAGAAUUCCGAACUUUUCAAAAUUUUAAAAACAUUUCUAUAUAGCUUAAAAUGCUUUAAAACAAAUUUCAAAACAUUUCCAAAAUUUAAAAAAAAUUUUCCAAACUUUUCCAAACAUUUCCAAACUUUUAAAAACGUUUCCAAACUUUUCCACAUAAUUAAAGAUACUUUAAAACACAUUUCAAAAACAUUUCCAAAAUUAAAAAAAAAAUUUCCAAACUUUUCCAAACUUUUCCAAACAUUUCCAAACUUUUCCAAACUUUUCCAAACAUUUCCAAACUUUUAAAAACAUUUCCAAACUUUUCGCAACUUUUAAAAGCUUUUCUACAUAGCUUAAGAUACUUUAAAACAAAUUUCAAAACAUUUCCAAAAUUUAAAAAACUUUUCCAAAUAUUUCCAAACUUUUCCAAACUUUUCCAAACUUUUCCAAACAUUUCCAAACAUUUCCAAACUUUUAAAAACUUUUCCACAUAAUUUAAGAUACUUUAAAACACAUUUCAAAAACAUUUCCAAACUUUUCCAAACUUUUCCAAACAUUUCCAAACUUUUCCAAACAUUUCCAAACUUUUCCAAACUUUUAAAAACUUUUAAAAACUUUUCCAAACUUUUCCACAUAAUUAAAGAUACUUUAAAACACAUUUCAAAAACAUUUCCAAAAUUUAAAAAAAACAUUUCCAAACUUUUCCAAACUUUUCCAAACUUUUCCAAACAUUUCCAAACUUUUAAAAACAUUUCCAGACUUUUCGCAACUUUUAAAAGCUUCUACAUAGCUUAAGAUACUUUAAAACAAAUUUCAAAACAUUUCCAAACUUUAAAAAACUUUUCCAAACUUUUCCAAACUUUUCCAAAAUUUUCCAAACUUUUCCAAACAUUUCCUAACUUUUAAAACUUUUCCAAACUUUUCCACAUAAUUAAAGAUACUUUAAAACACAUUUCAAAAACAUUUCCAAACUUUUCCAAACUUUUCCAAACUUUUCCAAACAUUUCCAAACUUUUCCAAACAUUUCCAAACUUUUCCAAACUUUUCCAAACAUUUCCAAACAUUUCCAAACUUUUAAAAACUUUUCCAAACUUUUCCACAUAAUUAAAGAUACUUUAAAACACGUUUCAAAAACAUUUCCAAAAUUUAAAAAAAACAUUUCCAAACUUUUCCAAACUUUUCCAAACAUUUCCAAACUUUUCCAAACUUUUCCAAACAUUUCCAAACUUUUAAAAACAUUUCCAAACUUUUCGCAACUUUUAAAAGCUUUUCUACAUAGCUUAUGAUACUUUAAAACAAAUUUCAAAACAUUUCCAAACUUUAAAAAACUUUUCCAAAUAUUUCCAAACUUUUCCAAACUUUUCCAAACAUUUCGAAACAUUUCCAAACUUUUAAAAACUUUUCCAAACUUUUCCACAUAAUUAAAGAUACUUUAAAACACAUUUCAAAAACAUUUCCAAACUUUUCCAAACUUUUCCAAACAUUUCCAAACUUUUCCAAACAUUUCCAAACUUUUCCAAACUUUUCCAAACAUUUCCAAACUUUUAAAAACUUUUAAAAACUUUUCCAAACUUUUCCACAUAAUUAAAGAUACUUUAAAACACAUUUCAAAAACAUUUCCAAAAUUUAAAAAAAACAUUUCCAAACUUUUCCAAACUUUUCCAAACAUUUCCAAACAUUUCCAAACUUUUAAAAACAAUUCCAAACUUUUCAAAACUUUUACAAACUUUUCUACAUAGCUUAAAAUACUUUAAAACAAAUUUCAAAACAUUUCCAAAAUUUAAAAAAAUUUUCCAAACUUUUCCAAACUUUUCCAAACAUUUCCAAACUUUUAAAAACAUUUCAAAACUUUUCGCAACUUAUAAAAACUUUUCUACAUAGCUUAAGAUACUUUAAAACAAAUUUCAAAACAUUUCCAAACUUUAAAAACUUUUCCAAACAUUUCCAAACUUUUCCAAACAUUUCCAAACUUUUCCAAACCUUUCCAAACAUUUCCAAACUUUCCAAACUUUUCCACAUAAUUAAAGAUACUUUAAAACACAUUUCAAAAACAUUUCCAAAAUUUUAAAAAAACAUUUCCAAACUUUUCCAAACAUUUCCAAACUUUGAAAAAACAAUUCCAAACAUUUCAAAACUUUUAAAAACUUUUCUACAUAGCUUAAAAUACUUUAAAACAAAUUUCAAAACAUUUCCAAAAUUUAAAAAAAACUUUUCCAAACUUUUCCAAACAUUUCCAAACUUUUAAAAACUUUUCCAAACAUUUCCACAUAAUUAAAGAUACUUUAAAACACAUUUCAAAACAUUUCCAAAAUUUAAAAAAAAAAAUAUCCAAACUUUUCCAAACUUUUCCAAACUUUUCCAAACUUUUCCAAACUUUUCCAAACUUUUCCAAACUUUUCCAAACUUUCCCAAACAUUUCCAAACUUUUAAAAACAUUUCCAAACUCAAACUUUUAAAAACUUUUCUAAAUAGCUUAAGAUACUUUAAAACAAAUUUAAAAACAUUUCCAAAAUUUAAAAAUAUUUUCCAAACUUUUCCAAACAUUUCCAAACUUUAAAAACAUUUCCAAACUUUUCGCAACUUUUAAAAACUUUUCUACAUAGCUAAAGAUACUUUAAAACAAAUUUCAAAACAUUUCCAAAAUUCAAAAAACUUUUACAAACAUUUCCAAACUUUUCUAAACAUUUCCAAAUUUUUCGAAUCAUUUCCAAACUUUUCCAAACAUUUCCAAACAUUUCCAAACUUUUAAAAACUUUUCCAAACUUUUUCCACAUAAUUAAAGAUACUUUAAAACACAUUUCAAAAACAUUUCCAAAAUUAAAAAAAAAACAUUUCAAAAAUUAAAAAAAAAACAUUUCCAAACUUUUCCAAUUUUUCCAAACAUUUCCAAACUUUUAAAAACAUUUCCAAUCUUUUCUAAACUUUUAAAAACUUUUCCACAUAGCUUAAGAUACUUCAAAACACAUUUCAAAACAUUUCCAAAAUUUAAAAAAAAAAGUUUUUCAAACAUUUCCAAACUUUUCCAAACAUUUCAAAACUUUCCAAAACAUUUCCAAACUUUUCCAAACAUUUCCAAACUUUUCCAAACAUUUCCAAAUAUUUCCAAACUUUUAAAAAUUCUCCAAACUUUUUCACGUAAUUAAAGAUUUUUUAAAAAACUUUUCCAAACAUUUCCAAACUUUUAAAAACUUAAAAAAACAUUUCCAAAUUGUUCCAAACUUUUAAAAACUUUUCCCCAUAGUUAAAGGUACUUUAAAACACAUUUCAAAACAUUUCCAGAAUUUAAUAGAACAUUUCCAAACUUUUCCAAACUUUUCCGCAUAGUUCAAGAUACCUUAAAACAUUUCCAAAAUUUAAAAGAAAAACAUUUAAAAACUUUUCCAAACUUUUCCAAACUUUUCCCCAUAGUUAAAGGUACUUUAAAACACAUUUCAAAAUAUUUCCAGAAUUUAAAAAAAACAUUUCCAAACUUUUCCAAAUUUCGAAAAACAUGGAACAUGUCCAAACUUUUCCACAUAUUUCAAGAUAUUUUAAAACACAUUUCAAAACAUUUCCAAAAUGUAAAAAAAAAACAUUUACAAUUUUUCCAAACAUUUCCAAACUUUUCCAAAAUUUUAAAAACUUUUCCAACCUUUUCCACAUAAUUAAAGAUACUUUUAAACACAUUUCAAAACAUUUCUAAAAUUUAAAAAAAACAUUUCCAAACCUUUCCAACAUUUUCAAAACAUUUCCAAAAUUUAUAACAACAUUUCCAAACAUUUCCAAACUUUUCCAAAAUUUUAAAAUAUUUUCCAAACUUUUAAAAACGUUUCCAAUAUUUCAAAAUACAUUUCAAAACUCUUCCAAAAAUUUCUAAACUCUUCCACAUAUUUCAAAAUACUUUUAAAAACAUUUAAAAACAUUUCCAAAAUUUUCAAAACAUUUACCUGAGUAUUUCCACAUUUAAAAAAUGUAAUUACCCAUAUAUUUUUGAAAAAUAAAUCAUUGUCACUGUCAAAAUGUUAUAAAUAUUUGUCAUGAUCAGACUAGAAUAACAACAGCCGCCAGCCAAACUCAAAACAAACUGAGCCACCUGGAAGGCAUUGUCAAGAAAAAGGCUAAAGCAACGAAAGACAAAAUUAUUAAGAAGGUGAGUUCAGAUAUUUAACACCAAAUGGCAUGUCUUAAGGUGAGCUGAAAUAAUGAUAGGUCAACACUAAAAUAUAUUGAGAAAAAUAGAAGCUACUAUUAUUUUUUUUUCAAACCAUUUAUUCUCUAGUGAGACUGGCCAGUCGGACGAUAUAUCGGAAAAUAUUUGACAUAUUAUUGUUUAUAUCUGGUUAUCAAUGAACAUCGAGAUAAAAUGUUCCAAAAUGGGUUGUUCAUGUUAUACGUCUGUUGUUCAGGAUAAAGAAAAGGAUGGCCUCACAACAAAUGGAGAUAAAAAUGGGUCACCGCAAGUUGAACUUACCGUCCCUGACUCUGCAGACUGGGAUGACACAGAUGAUUAUAAUCCAACCAACUCUGACAAUGAAUUAAAUGUUGCUCUCACCUAGAAGAUCCCAUUUCUCAGAAUUGAGACCCAAUUAACUUUUUUAGUUUAUUAUUUGAGAUUUUUCAGGGUAAAUCCAUACCAAUCUUUGGUUGUCAAUUUGAUGAGGCUAUUGAAUGAACGUCUUCAUUGAAAGUUAUGUCCCUUUGCAUCAGAAGUUUCUGUUUAAGUUUAGCUCUCUUAAUUAAUACCAUUCUGAAAUCGAAAAAAAAAAAUAAAAAAAUAAAAAUUAAGUUAUUAGAAAAAACUAAAAGAAUGUCUGUAAUGUAACACCUUAGGACAACCUUAAUCAGGACUCCAUAAUAAAAUGUAACAAUAAGUAACAUGGAGUGAAGAAGAAAAAAUAUAUGUAACCAUUGUUAAUGAAUUCUUAUCCUUCUUAAAAUAUUUUUAUUCAAGUCACCAACAAUUUGUGUUUGUAAUUUUUAAGUCCAUAGAAUAGCCAAGGUUUCAAUUAUACAAAUGACUAGUCCAGACGUUGUGGCAAAAUGUUUUCAUCAGUAAAUAAUACAGUUACAUAAAUUUAAAUGAAACUUUACAACAAGUAGGCCUAAAGGCCUACAUUGACUACAUUGCCUAUCGUGAAUAAAAAGUGAAAGGAUUGAUGUGAUUGAAUUAAUAAAAAAGGUUUCUUUUUUCUGUGUGCGUGUUAGGUGAACAGUUGACUGCCAAUAUUAUUUCCAAAUACCUUGUAUUAUCAGAUUUGGAAAAUUGCUCUUCUGAAUUUAUUUUUACAGCGCUAGUUUUAAUUUUUCUUUACACAAUGCUGUGAUACC